AUGACACUAUAUUUUGAUACAAAAAUCGAGUUUUUGGACUCGGAUGCAGUGAGCACGAUUAGCAGCUGGCAUCCUAAUGAGCCUCUUUUCGCAGUGGCUUCAUACAGCCAAGAGCGUGGUGGCAGCGUUACAAUCUUUGCGGAUACAGGUGAACCUCAACGCGAUGUGACAUAUCCCGUGCAUGCAAGCUCGCAGGCAACUGCGCUCUGUUGGCAUCCAGAGAAGGCGUUGCUGGCUACUGGCUGGGAGCACGGCGAUAUACAUGUCUGGUUUGCUGGACAUCGUGAGUUUGCCAGCGUCAGCGGUCCACAUAAGGCGGCCAUAUUGCUUUUGGAGUUUAGCGAGCAGGGCGGUCGCAUGGUUACUGCAGAUGCAAAUGGCUUGGUUACAGGCUGGCGCUGUGAUGGACAGUAUCAGUUUCUGACCAUGUUUUCGCAUGACUUGCGCGAGGUGCUGCUCUUAAUCUGCUUUCGCCGCACUGUGGAGAGCGAAGUGCGUGAGGAGAUGGCCAGCUUGGCCAAGGCAGCUGUAGCUGGCGAUGAGCAGGCGUUGGAUACUCUAACCAAUUGGCGGCCACGCACAGCGGCACGUGGACAUUCUGGUGUAAAGGAUAAUCAUUGCUUUUACGCCUGCACGCAGACGGGCGUGGCCUAUUAUAUUAACCAGAGCGGAGCUUGCACCGAAGUACUCAAGAGCGGACCACAACAGGCGGCUAUAGUGCAGAUGCUUUGGCAUCCCAAGAAGGAUGCAGUAAUGUGUUUGCUGGAUGAUCUUACCAUAACGCUAUAUCUGGUUGAAUCGACAGGCAUUUUGACAGAGCUGGAGCGUGUGAAGCUUAGCGGACGCGGCAAUGGCAAACUGGGGGCUAUUGCUUGGGCAGGCAACAGUUUGGCCAUUAUCACAGGCGAUUUGAGUGUGCGCAUUUGGGACAUAGAACGCAGCGAUAACUACUUGUUAAAGAUGGAUGCAGUAGGCAGCGCUGUGGCUACCGCUAGCACAAACAGCAGCAACUUUUUUAGCCAGCCAAGCACCAGCAACAGCAGCAGCAGCAACAACAAAAGUCGCCAAGAGAUUUUCAGCUGCCUGGCCUACAGCAGCAGCAAUCAAACUUUAUGUGCAGCUACCAAUCUGGGUAAUCUUUAUACCUGGAAGCGUGCGGUAAGCUGCUUUGUAGCUGCUCCUGAGGAAGCCUGGCAGCUGGGCAACAUUUCCUCGCUGUCACGCCAAGGAGCCAUAAAGAGCUGCACCUGGGGCUACAAUGAGCUGGCCAAGCCUUGUAUACUGGUCAACUGUUUGUCAAGCGUCUUUAUGCUAAAGGAGCAGCCACUGUUGGCCUGUCAUACGCGACAGCUGUGGGCUGUGCAAAGUACUGCCAAUAGCGUGCAGCUGACGCACUGCAGCGGACGUGUCAGUCGCAUACAAACGGACUUUGCUGUCAGCGCCAUGGCGCUCAAUGAUCUAUGCCUGGUGGUGAGCAAUGGACGCAUGAUAUCCAGCUAUAGUUUGCAGAAACUGGAGCCGCAGCUGGAUGAAUUUGAUGAGCUUAUUGAGGCAUCUGGUGUAGACGCUAAAGCAACGCCAGCGCUGCAGCUGAAACUGCUGCAAACAUUUCCUGCCGAAUGUCUGUCCUUGUGCAUUCAAAACCAGCAAAUCUUUUGUCUUAAUGCCAGCGACAUUGUGGUCUACUCCGUGGGCGGCGUGGUGCUGCAUCGGCUUCAAGGCAACGAUCACGAAGGCAAGAUUAUAGGCAUGGAUUUGAGCAGCUGUUAUCUGUCAGUCUUCACCAUGCAGGGAUAUGUCAAGGUCUAUGAUGUGAGCCGGCAUGAGCCCAAGUUGCUGUUUCCAGCGAAGAGUGGUCAUGAAAUCUUUGAUGACUUUGGCGAAUUCAUAAUGGUCAAGUGCAACAGCCUGGGCAGCCACUUGGUCUUGGUCAUAGCCAAUAGCAAUUAUACGCCUAGUGCGCGCAUUUAUUGCUGGAACUUUGAGCGUCAGCAGCUUUAUGACUACGAAUUGUCGGAGGCAGCGCCAGCCAACAGCAAAUCCUGCCUGGCUGUGCGUCUCUGCUGGGACAACGAGGAGCCACGUUUGCUAGCCGUUGAACUCAAAUCCAUGUUGGCGCUACCAUCGCAGCCCAAGCAGCGUCAACCCAGUCACUAUGUCGACUCCAGGGUGCUGUUGAUGUUCUAUACGGAGCAAGCGCCCUGCAAGCUGCAGCUGCUGGAAACACAACCGUUGCCGGCAGCAGCGCAAUUGUUGAAUCUUUGUGUACCCAGCGUGUUGCUGCUGCAGCAGCAAACGCUCCGGGAGCAACCACUGCAGGAUUUCGUGGAUCUAAAGGAUUGUGAUGCCAACACACGGCGGCAGGUGCUAAACUUUAGUCUGCAUGUGGCCGAGGGACAAAUGGAUUUGGCCUUUCGCUGUGUGCGCGCUAUACAAAGCAAGACUAUCUGGACGAAUCUGGCCAAGAUGUGUGUGCAUACGCAGCGUUUGGACGUGGCCAAGGUGUGUCUGGGACAGCUGCAGCAGGCGCGUUCCGUGCGCGCCUUACGUCAGGCUAUGCAGGAUGAGGACUUGGAGCCAGAAGCUAAGCUGGCUGUCUUGGCCAUAGAGCUGGGCAUGCUAGAUCAGGCUAAGAAACUUUAUCGCAACUGUCACCGUUAUGACUUGUUGAACAAACUGCUACAGUCAACGGGUCAAAUGGAUGAGGCUUUGCAGCUGGCUGAGUCUGAGGAUCGCAUACAUCUGAAGCAUGCGUAUUAUCAACAGGCGCAGGCACUGCGUCAAUCCGGCGAUAUCAAAGGCGCUUUGGCCUGCUUGGAGCAAACACAAAAUCCUGUGCAGCAUAUAACGCAACUGCUGCUGGAGCAGCCAGUGGCCAUGAAGCGUUAUAUACAAUCCAGCAGUAAUCCGCAGCUGCUGCGAUGGUGGGCUCAGUAUGUGGAGAGCUCCGGUGACAUGGAGGCUGCCUUGGCGGUCUAUAGCAAGGCUGAAGAUUGCUUCUCGCAGGUCAAGAUUCUUUGCUAUCUGGGACAAAUUGCCAAGGCGGAUGCAUUGGCGCGUCAGUCGGGCGAUCGCGCCGCCUGCUAUCAUCUGGGACGGCACUAUGAGCAGCUGGGCAAGCAUCAGGAGGCCAUAAUGUUUUAUACACGCGCGCAAACGUUUAGCAAUGCUAUACGCAUUUGCAAGGAGAAUGAUUUGCAGAAGGAGCUCUGGACGGUGGCCAGCAGCGCGAGAAGUCGUGACAAAGCUAUAGCAGCUGCGUAUUUCGAGGAGUGCGGCUGCUUCAAGCAGGCAGUGGAACUUUAUCAUCGCGCUGGCAUGUUACACAAGGCGCUGGAAAUGGCUUUUGAAUCUCAGCAGCCGGACAUCUUAGAGAUUAUUGCCACGGAGCUGAGCGCUGAAUCAGAUGUGGAACUUAUUCAUCGUUGUGCGGAUUUCUUUAGCAGCAUUGAGCAGCAUCAGAAGGCAGUUCAGCUGCUGGCCAAGACAAAGCAGCUGGAACGUGCUUUGAAUAUCUGUUUGGAGCAGGGUGUGCCUGUCACCGAGCAGCUGGCCGAGCUGCUUACACCAGACAAAGCGGACUUUGAGCCGGAAAAGCGCUCGCGUAUGCUUGUGCAACUGGGUGAACUGCUGCAACAGCAAGGCGACUACCACAGUGCAACCAAAAAGUUUACACAAGCUGGCGAUAAGCUGCGCGCCAUGAAGUCGUUGCUCAAGUCGGGCAAUACGGAGAAAAUCAUUUUCUUUGCCAACAUGUCACGGCAGCGUGAGAUUUAUAUAAUGGCUGCCAAUUACUUACAGGCAUUGGACUGGCAACGUGAUCCUCAAGUGCUUAAGCAUAUUGUUAGUUUCUAUAGCAAGGCACAGGCGUUUGACUCGUUGGCUAACUUUUAUGCCAUCUGCGCGCAGCUGGAGAUUGAAGAGUAUCAGGAUUAUGAAAAGGCUUUAGAGGCCAUGCAACAGGCAGCCAAAUGUUUGGAACAGCUUAGCCAUGCCCAUCAUGCCUACAAUACACUCCAACGCACCAUUGGCGAUGUGAGAAGUAUUCUAGAAGUGCAGCAGGCUCUACGUGCUGGUGAUAAUCAGGCUGUAAUUGGUGGUUGCCGCAACAUAUUGAUUAAGCCAGAGCUGCCGCCCAUACGUCACAGUCAUGUACUAGCCAUGCUGGUGCGUGCUUUGGUGUAUACCAAGCAAUAUCCUGAAGCUGGACGUGCACUAAAAGAGUUGGCAGUCAAGGAGCCUGCCUGGAGCGCCACUGCUUUGAUAGACCGAGAUCUAGUGCAAAAGAUAGCCAAAGAGUGCGACUUGGAUUUUGACUUGAUUUGGAAUUCAGGACGUCAUGGCAACUCAACGACAACUGCUACAGCAGCCAGCACUAUAUCAAUGACCACCACGACUACAGCAACAGCUAGCGAUGAAGAUGCAGAUGAAGAAGAAAUAAGAGAAGAGCUGCAUUAA